AUGGAAACAAAUCAGCUAUCCAACACAGAGCUCAGUGUCCAGGUGAAUGUCUCAGACAAAUUCAAUUUUUCUGCCAUCAUCAUAAGUUACGGAUGGGAAUGGCCCGGCUUGGUUUUCCAGUUUUCUGCGGAGGGGAUUUGCAAGAACCCUUCCGCUCAUCCACCCUUUCCCAACCAGACAACCACAACUCAGCAAACCAUGAAAACCAACCACCAGCACCAGCAACAUCGAUCAAAGAAACGGAAAACGGUCAACAGGACCAAUGUCGACUACCACCCCUCCAGCAGCUCAGUCGACCUGCAAUCCUCAUCAGCCUCAUCCGAAUCACAAUCCACCUCGGCUGAGCAAAAAACCCACAUCAACUCACUCAAGAUACAUCGCCACCGCCUCAGAACUCACUCAACACGGGUCCUAUCACCACUACCACCCAACGCCUGUCUCCCAAGGAAAUUCGUACAUCUCAAUCGACUCUCUAACCACCAACCCAACAUCAUCCCAUUCAGAACACACCCUGCCCCUCACCCUCACCACCGUCAUCAUCAGAUCAUCAAAUCUCGCCCACUCUGCAACCCUCUCUCAACAAAUAACAACAGCAACAGCCCUCGACCGAACCGGAAGCGGAAGCGGACAAGGACGGCGACCCGGGGCAAAGCCCUAGGCGAGGAGGAGGAGGAAAAAGAAGAAGAAGAAGAACACCAAUCAACAAACGAAAACACUCGUCAGGUCAUGGUUCUCAUCAAACACCAACACUCGCCCAGACUAACCCGGACGUUCAGCCAGAGUGCGGACUCACUCAGUAGAUCCUCCAGUCAAGACCCCCAUCUCAUACCCGAAGCAGCGGCCUACUACGUCCAUCAUGCCUCGAAGCCCCAGCUCUUACGGCUACGGAGAGACCAACUGAUCCAGCUCAUCAAGGCUGGCUGGGAAAAACAAGACAGAAGCGAAGAGGAGGAAGAAACUGAGCACAAGAACAAAGACUGUCUGGCUACCUUUAUCAUCGAUGCUCGAACCAAUCCGAGCAAAAAAACAGUUGUAUUCCCUUCACAAUCUCAACCAUCCUCCGCGGCUACACGGAUCGAGCAAAACUCAAGCAAAAAUGACGGCCAAGAGCAGACAUCCCCUCAACCGUGGCCAGUGACGCGAUUAAAGACACGAGUCAAGAGCUUGCCGGACAACAACAAGCAGGUGGAUGCCGGUCGAGGCACACGUCAAAAUGGAACGAUUUCACGUUCGCGUUCGCAGCAAGGCAAGUUGGCGACUGAGGCCGAGCCAGCCCCGGCAACGACUCGGAAGACGCGCAGUGCGACCCAAGCGACCAGCCAAUCUCUGAUUCACAGUACCAGUAGUAGCUGGUGUAGUAGUUCGAACUCGGAGUGCCCGGUCGAGAACCCUGUACCAACUCGGACCCCACGGCGCCUUUCGAACCGACGUCAGGCGGUCAAGUUCGUCGGCCACCGGUCUGGUGGACCCACGCCAGUUGCGUAUCGCACUCGCCGCUCUUCCAACCAUCGCUCGGUCAUCCGCCCCUCGGUCUCCUCUAAAUCUCGCAGCGGUCGUGGUGCAAUCACUCCUAUGAAUAGAACACCCACUCGCCACGACAUGGUGACACCGACUAGAAGUAUCCGUAAGCUCAGGAACGGCAAGGUGAUCCCACUAAAACGGAUGAUAGGCGAGCCGGCCGAGGACGAUCGGUCAUUUCCAGCCAAUGGAACUAUUACCAUUGACAAUGAUGACGAUGAUGAUGAACAUGUGCAAAGCGAUAAUGAUCAAGAUAGCAUCGAAGAUGCAAGUGAGGACGAACAGGAAGACGAAGACGAAGAGUUACAUCAAGAAGAAGAUCAAGCAGCUGGUCAGAUUGAGUCAGAAUGUGACAUCGACAUCCGUAGCGCUCAUUCUGAUCCAAUUGAAGCAACCGAUUCAGAAGACGACGCCUUUGACAUCGCAGAGGACGAAUAUGAAGAGAUUCAGAUAGAUUCAGAUGACGACGGAGAAGAAGACGAGACGUUGGUCGAUCUGAGCCAAGCGACUUCGAAAGGCCUCCUACGACUCAAACGUGAUAAUCUGGUGAAGCUGUGCGAGGAGAGAGAGCUCGAGGCCGACGGGACAAAGAAGGAUCUGGUGCAGAGCUUGCUUGCUUGGCGAGAUACCAAUGAAACCGUCUCGCCUAGCUCGGAUGUCUCGGAGCAUAUGUGCCCCGAAAGUGUGUCAUCAGAGGUGGAGGUGGAGGUGGAUCCGACGCCAACAGCCCAGCCGCGCGUGUUCUCAGCAACCAAGGCGGCCGACGGAACGUGCUCUAGACCGAUCGUGCUCGACUCGAUAGUCAACGAACAGAAACCAAUGGGAUCGAAUCAGGCGCUAAAUAUUCCAGGAGGCUCUAAGAAGAAGAGCGGGCUGCAGAAGAAGGACGAUAUCGGGGAGCUUUUGGACCUGGAGAGCUUGAACUUACAGGACAAGGAGAUCCAGCCGGACCAGCUCAAGAAGCUCGAGAUGAUCGGUGCGGGCGGGUUCAAGGACGUGUAUCGAGGGAUCUACAAGAAGGUGCCAGUGGCGAUCGCGGAGAUUCGGGGGCAUUUGACGGAGAUGGACCUUAAGGAGCUGCGGAUCCUACGCGACUUGCGACACGAGAACAUCGUCCGCUUCAUCGGCGUCUGCGUCCCUACCGAGCCCAUCCUUUCCUCCUCUUCCCUCGCAUCUGGCACAGCGACAAGCACGGGCUCGAAAAAACUGCCACCGACCGAAGACAAGACGCGGCCCAAACUGCCCCCGAUCAUGGUCGUGACGGAGAUCUGCACAAACGGAGACCUCUUCGACUAUCUUCGCAAAACUCCUAACCCUGGCUUCCUCAAGAUCUGCCAGAUCUUUCGAGAUAUCUGUCGCGGAUUGGAUUACUUGCAUUCUCAUUCUCCGACGAUCAUCCAUCGCGAUUUGAAGUCUUCUAACGUCCUGAUCACCAGUAAAGGCGUGGCCAAGUUGAACGACUUCGGCUUGGCGCGGAUCAAAAACUCGACCCGGUCGAUGGUCAAGUCUUUGGUAGGCACAGUGAAUUGGCAAGCGCCUGAGUUAUGGGUCGCCCAUCCGCGCUACAACGAGAAGGUCGAUGUAUAUUCGGCGGGGCUUGUGUUGUGGGAGAUGUUGCAAUGGCACCAGCCGGUGAAGCGGUACCCCUUCGAAGGCCAAAAUGAACACGGCAUAUACCAGGACGUGGGUCACAGACAACUUCGGCCUGCCACCGCUGGCAUGCGCAGACAGUGGGGCGACGAGAUACUCAACUUGGUCGAGAAACUCUGGGCCCAGAAUCCUAACGAUCGGCCCCGGAUGGAUGCCGUGCUCGUCGAACUCGACGCGAUCGUCUCCACCUUCAAAGAGAAAUCUUCUCAUAAUUAA